AUGGCGCAGGCGUGCAGUAGCAUAUCAGGAAGCGACCAGUGUCACACAAAACGAGACAAGUAUUUGAGCAAAACAAAAGGUGAUAAGGAGAGCGUCGACUAUUUAGCGACCGCCGGCUACCGAGUUGAAUGGAGCCGUUGCGAACUCGUCGACCGCUUCACUACACAUUUUAGAAUCGACGCGAUAACACUGCAGGUACGAGUGGUGUGCUUCUCGCCAGAACGUCCAUUAAUUUCCACUAAACCACUAGAGAGUACAGAUCAAACAAGUGGACGAGCUACCACAGUUACGGACCACACUGCCGGCCAAUUAUGUGACAACGUGGACGAAGAACUCAAGAGGGUAAACAAUGCGGGGGCGAUCCGUAACACGGUAGUGAUGACCCUCAUAGUCCUCCUGGGAGGCGCGAGUUGGGAGGGAUCUGGUGUACAUGACUUGUUGUUUCAUAUGACAUCUAUGAGUGUAUCUGAAGCUAUUGAGGACGCAACAGCACAAGCAUCGAAGUCAGAACACGUACAUUUUAUAACGGAUCCAUUACAAAGUCUGUAA